CCGGAAGACGAUGUUGUUUUGUUGACAUCAGACGAACACGAAAAACAGAGGAGAAUAUAAAUGAUUAAACCAUAAAUGAAUUGAAUCAACCAAAGAACUACCCGUGUGCAAAGCUAAGCAGCUUCUUGUAGACCUAACCCCGGAGUUAAGGAGGUCUUGAGCACACUGCCUCUUCUGUGACCACCUCAUCUAUCCCGAUGCCUACCCUUUGAGAGCUUCCCGGCACCUACCUCCUGAGGCCACCUGCUUUGCCCUGUUGUUGUCAAACAGAGGGGAAGGGAGAAGCAGCAGCCGACAUGGCAGCCAAGGCAGGGGACAACCCUGACAGCCUCAUGGCACUGACCACAGCCUUCUGCCUGAGGAACCUGAGGAGGACCAUGUGCUACCUGGGAGAGAGGAACAAGCUCUGCCUGCGCUCUGACGUCUUCCUGCCCAGCGAGAUCUGUGACAAGCUGGUCAACACAUACACGGAGCUGGUCCAUAUGGACAGUAACUUUGAGCCGCAGGACGGCUUCUUCCAGCUGUUCUCGGACCCGCACAGCACCAGGCUUACCCGGGUACAGCUGAGGGAGGACUUUGUGCGUGACAGGGACCUGGAGGCCAUUGGGAAACAGGACUUGAUAGAGCUCCACCUCACCUACUGCAACAACCUAUCAGCUCACAGCCUCAGGACUUUAACCAGUUUCCGCCAGACCCUGGUCUCUCUCAGCCUGUUCGGCUGCAGCCGCAUCUUCUAUCGCAAGGGUGGUGCCCCACUGGCAUGCGAUGAAGAAGAGGAGGAAGAGAGGCCGGCCUCCAGACAGGCCCCGGACACAGACUUCAGCUUCCAGGGCUUCAACCGGCUGCGGCUGCUCAACCUCGGGGGUCUGCCUGAGGAGGUGGACGCUGAGGCUCUGCUCAAGCCCCUGCCGGCCCUCACCUCCCUAGACCUGUCCGGGGUGCCGCUGCCCAAGGCUGCCUUCCUGGCCCACUGGAAGGAGAGGCUGGCCUCGCUAGUGCUCUACAAUGUGGACCUCUCCGAGGAGCUAAUCAACACGGUGGUGGACCUGGGACACCUCAGGCACCUGGAUAUCUCCAGAGAGCGCAAUUCCAAGUUCAAGAUGACCCGUAAGAUCCUGACGGCCAUUGUGCAGGGCCUAGUCAACUUGGUGUCACUGGACAUCUCAGGUCAUAUCAUGCUGGACAACUGCACAGUCCCACACUUCGAGGAGGCCAUGGGACGUCCAAGUGUCGAGCCCUGCAAGAGCAGCAUCUACCCUUUCCAGGAGCUAAAGAGGCCUCUGCAGUUUCUGGGGCUCUACAACACCACCCUUUGUAAUGUGACACACAUCCCUGCUUACAAGGUCACAGGCUCUAAGAAUGAAGACCAGGUCCUGAAUGCCAUUGAGGUCUACACAGAGUUCCGCCCGGAGCUGGCCCACCGAGCCAUCAACCAGCUGUUUGAUAUCGCCAGGAUACAGCACUGCAGCCAGCUACUGCGGGCACUGCAGCUGGUGAUCGCUGCACUGAAGUGCCACAAGUAUGACAAGAGCAUCCAGGUGACGGGCAGCGCGGCCCUCUUCUACUUGACCAACACAGAGUACCGCAGUGACCAGAGUGUGCGGUUGCGCCGGCAGGUCAUCCAGGUGGUGCUCAACGGCAUGGAGCAGUACCAGGAGGUCACGGUCCAGAGGAACUGCUGCCUGACGUUGUGUAACUUCAGCAUCCCUGAGGAGCUGGAGUUCCAGUACGGCCGGGUCAACCUGCUGCUGCUGAAGAUCCUGGAGCCGGCCCGGCAGGACGAGUCCAUCCAGCGCAUCGCCGUGCACCUCUGUAACGCCCUGGUCUGCCAGGUGGACAACCACCACAAGGAGGCUGUGGGCAAGAUGGGCUUCGUCAAGACAAUGUUGAAUCUCAUCCAGAAAAAGCUACAGGACAGAAUGUGUGACCAGGUAAUGGAGUUCUCCUGGAGUGCCCUGUGGAACAUCACUGACGAGACGCCAGACAACUGUCAGAUGUUCCUUACCUGCAAGGGCAUGAGCCUCUUCCUGGACUGCCUGAAGAAGUUUCCAGACAAGCAGGAGCUCCACCGUAACAUGCUGGGGCUGCUGGGUAAUGUGGCAGAAGUGAGGGCUCUGCGACCACAACUCCUCACACCACAGUUCAUCUCUGUCUUCAGUAACCUGCUGGACAGCAAGGCGGAUGGGAUCGAGGUGUCCUAUAAUGCGUGCGGGGUGCUGUCCCACAUCGUGUUCGAUGGGCCAGAGGUGUGGGCCAUGGAAGAGCCACAGAGGGACACGGUCAUGGACAAGAUGAUGGAAGCUAUCCAGAGCUGGGACGUCACCUCCCGCCGGAAUAUCAACUACAGAUCCUUUGAACCCAUCUUGCGCCUGCUGCCCCAGAGCAUCGCCCCAGUCAGUCAGCACUGGGCCACGUGGGCACUCUUCAACCUGGUGUCGGUCUACCCGAGUAAGUACUGCCCUCUGCUGAUAAAAGAAGGAGGCAUUGUUCUCCUGGAGAAGGUGCUGGAGCUCCAGACAUCACAUGAAGAGACCAAGGACAUGGCGCGGAAGGUGAUGGAGCAGUGUGAGAACUUCAAAGAAGACCCCAUGGAAACGACGAGGUAGACAACGGCCAACGGAGGACAACGGCCAACAGAGGACAACGGCCAACGAAGGACAACGGCCAACGGAGGACAACGGCCAACGGAGGACAACGGCCAACGGAGGACAACGGCCAACAGAGGACAAACGGCCAACGGAGGACAACGGCCAACAGAGGACGACGUCAGGGGAGCAGUACCGCUAGAAGAACAAAAAGGCAGAACUUCAUAGGAACCCUUCACUAUCUUCUCACCACAAGUGUCAACUGUCUGCAUCAAGUUACUGGACAGAACCUUGUUAUGUGACACUAUUAGGUAGUUGAGAUGUGGUGCACCGACUUGGUGUGUGUGUGUGUGCGCGCUCCCGCGUGUGUGUGUUAUUUGUGUUGCACAUGAUAAGCAUAAUUUGUAUAAUGUAUUUUUGUUCAUUUAUUGACGGUGUUAGUGCUUGUCCUCGUUUGGGUGUGAGUGUGCUAGACUGUGUUUGCAUGUGUAAUGAGUGUGUGUAAAAAGAGUGUGUGUGUGUGUGUGGAAGGAUGUAUGUGUGUUAUAAUAAGGGUCUCGUGAGAGGCCCUCCGUUGUAUAAGCUUCAUUUCCAACACAGCGCCGUCAACGUCCAUCAUGCUCCUUCUCAGAAUCCUCCGUCCACAGCAAUUUCUGAUGCAGAAAUCUCAAAUGGAUGACGCCAUGAGGUGUGGACGGUCGAUUAAUUUUUAUCCCAGACAGCACUGAUCUGUGGACAGUUGUUAUUGAGCAGUGAAGAUGCCAUGUCUGUGGAUGCAUCUCUAUCCCACACUGAUCGAGAGCGUAACCGUGGAAGUGUGUAGCCGUGACAAUGACCCCAGUAGAAGUCUUCCUGGAUCCUGUGGCAUGGGGAAGGACUUUUUGUUUUUUGUUGUACUUAUUUGGAGUUGCCAUCUGUCCUAUCAUUGUUUGUCAGUUUUUUAAAAUAUAUAUAUAUGAUUAUAAACAUUCCUAUGAUUUCA